CCCACCCGGGCUUGCGCCUCCAGCUCCAGCUCCCGCUCCCCGUCUGCGUGGGGCGCCGGGAGCAGCUCCAGCCCCGCCACGGAGCAGGGUGACGCAGAGAUGGACCUGAGCGGCCUGGCCCCAAGCAGUGAGGAGGGCAGCUCCAGCCCCGACUCGGGCAGUGACUUCGAGGUAAUGCUGUGGAAAAGCAGCAAGCGGGUGGCCAGGACCCCCCCGAGCCAAGGCCAGGUGGCCAAGCGACCCCGAAGAAGAGCCGGCAGCCAGCUGCCAGCCAGGGACACAUCGCCUGCCCGCAGUCCUGAGCCCAACCAGCUCUUUGAGGCAGUGAGGUCUGGAAAGACUGCGUUGGAGGUCGUGGUUGAUGAGUGGCUGGAGACCUACAAGCAGGACCGCGAGACCGGCUUCCUGGAGCUGGCCAACUUUUUCAUACGUGCCUGCGGCUGUAAAGGUGUGGUGACCUCUGAGAUGUUCAGGAAGCUGCAGAACUCAGAGAUCAUCCAGCAGCUGACGGAGCAGUUUGCUGAGGACUCGGCCGAGUACCCACUGGCACUGAGUACACAGCCCUGGCGCCGAUUCCGAGAAGGCCUCUGUGAGCUGGUGGCGACACUGGUGCGGCGCUGCCAGUAUAGUGUCCUCUACGAUGAGUUUCUGGCCGAUACCCUUGUCUCCUUGCUCACUGGCCUCUCCGACUCCCAGGUGCGGGCUUUCCGCCACACCAGCACCCUGGCAGCCAUGAAGCUGAUGACGGCUCUGGUGAACGUGGCUCUGGGCGUGAGCCUGCACGAGGAGAACAACCAGCGGCAAUACGACGCUGAACAGGGCAAGGGGCCUGGCUGCCGGGCCGCCAACAGGCUGGAGACCCUGCUGGAGCAGCGCAAGCAGCUCCAAGAGCAGCAGGAGGAGAUCGAGAACAUGAUGAACGCCAUCUUCAAAGGGGUCUUUGUGCAUCGGUACCGGGAUGUGGUGCCUGAGAUCCGGUCCAUCUGCAUGGAGGAGAUGGGGAAGUGGAUGCAGAGCUACAGCACCUCCUUCCUGACGGACGGCUACCUCAAGUACAUUGGCUGGACUCUGCAUGACAAGCAGCGGGACGUGCGUCUCACCUGCCUCAAGGCCCUGCAGGGGUUGUACAGCAGCCAGGACACAGCUGUGCGCAUGGAACUCUUCACCAGCCGCUUCAAGGCCCGCAUGGUGUCCAUGGUGCUGGACAAGGAGCCCGAUGUGGCUGUGGAGGCUGUCAAGCUGUUGACCCUGAUCCUGCAGAACAUGGAGGACGUGUUGACGGAGGAGGACUGCCAGGGCAUCUACCCUGUGGUGUUCGCCUCUCACCGGGCGCUGGCCGCUGCUGCCGGGGAGUUCCUGUACAGGAAGCUGCUGGACCCCAAAGGUGAAGCCAGGCAGGAGAGACUCCAGCGUGGGGAGACGAGGGCCUUCUUCCACCUGCUGCUGGCCUUCUUCAUUGAGAGUGAGCUCCACGAGCAUGCAACCUACCUGGUGGACAGCCUGUGGGACUGCGCUGCAGCCCUGCUCAAGGACUGGGAGGCCAUGGCCGUGCUGCUACUGGAGGAGUCUUCGGAUGAGGCAUGGGAGCGAAAGGCCCAAGCCAGUGAACGCCACCUGGAGCUGCUGCUGGGGCAGCUGCAGGAGGCAGUGGAGAAGCACUCGGGCCGCGAGGUGCUGGAGGCUGCGUCGCGGGCGCUGCACGUGCUGUGUGACCCCGAGCUCCCCUUCCAUGGCCGUGUUGACUAUGCCCGCAGCCGCCUUGUAGACCAGCUCACUGACAAGUUCCAGCAGGAGCUGCCCGAGCUACUCCAGGCCUCCUUCCUCGAUGAGGACGAGGUGUACAGCAUGGCUGCCACCCUCAAGCGCAUCUCCAUCUUCCACAAUGCCCAUGACCUGACACCCUGGAAGCUGUUUGAGCCCUGCCACCAGAUCGUGCAGCGAGCUGUGGAUACUGGCGAGAUCCCCACGCAGGUGCUCAUCCCAGCCAUGACCUGCCUGCACUUCUACGUGCUCUGGGAGCUGGCUCACAUCUCUGCUGGUGCCUUCAUGCAGGAGCAUGUGCUGGAGCUGAAGCGCAAGGUGGACGCCCUCUGCUCCCUCUGCCAGAGCUGCCUGACAGACCUUGACCCCAGUGUCCAGGAGCAGGCCUAUGUGUUGCUGAGUGACCACCUGCUGAUGUUCGGGCCCCAGCUGGCGCAGAGAGGGCGGGAGGCACUGAGCAGCCUGGUACUGCGGCCUGAUGCCGGCCUGCAGGCCCAGCUGGCUGGCUUCCUCAUGGAUCAUGUCUUCAACCACGCUGAGCCCAUGGAUGCUGAUCAGGACGACAGUGAGGGGAGAAUUGAAGCACUGCAUCAGCGGCGCCGGCUGUUGGCGGGCUUCUGCAAGCUGGUUGUCUACAACGUGGUGGAGCUGAGUGCUGCCUCUGACGUCUUCAAGCACUAUGUCAAGUGCUAUGAUGACUACGGGGACAUCAUCAAGGAGACACUGAACCAGGCCCGGCAGAUUGACCGGGCCGAGUGGGGCCGUACCCUGCUCCUCAGCCUCAAGCAGCUGCUGACAGAGCUGCUGCUGCAGCAUGGCCGCGGUGCCCGCCUGAGUAAGUCCUUUGCGGAGAUCCGGGACCUGGCACGGCGCUUUGCCCUGCUCUUUGGUCCGCACCAAGCACGGAACCGCCCUGUGCUUGUGGCGCUGCACAGGGAGGGGAUCAAGUUUGCCUUGCAGUCACCCAGCUCCGAGCUGCUGGCUCCCCUGCAGCUGCCCUUCCUGGAGGUGCUCAGUGAGUUCUCACCCCGCCUGCUGCGCCCUGACAAGAAGCUGAUCCUGGCCUACCUGGAGCAGAGCUGCCAGGCCGUGUUGUCCCCAGAGCAGCAGCAGGAGGUCUGGACCCCGCUGCUGACUUACCGCAACUCCCUGCGGCUCCACAACCCUGCCCGCUCCCAGGCCCAGCGCAGACCUGGCUCCGCCACCAAGAGGCGGCAUGCAGAUGAGUCAUCUGGGCACAGUGAUUCCAGCCUGCAGCUCAGCAGCCGCCUGGCAACGCCAACGCUCACAUCCACUGUGGUGAAGGGGGCCCGUGGGAUGUCCCAGCCCCUUCCUGAGGACAAGGGCUCUGAGUCAGACUUUGUGGAGAGCCAGCACUCGAAGAGCUCCCACCUGGCCCACAGAUCUGCCAGCCGGCAGCAGCGUAUAACCCCCCAGAGGCUCCUGGGCUUUGGUCUGGGCAGCAACCUGGACCGGCACAGCCUGAUGGAGGAGGAGGAGGAGGAGGAGGAGGAGGAGGUGGUGGUGAUCCAGGAGCAGAGCAGUGAAGAAGAGGACUCCUCCCAGGGCUUGGUCACGCGCUCCCGCAGCAAUCGUCUCCGUGACCUCUUCGAUUCCUCCAUCCUUGGCCUGGAGGAACUCUGAGGCGGCUGGACCGCUGGCCUGCCCCAUCCCCCUGCACCCCCGCAGACAGCACAUGGUCAUGGUUGAGUUCAAGGUUUAUUGGAGUUUUCCUGGCAGCCCCGUUGGCGCUGGUUGGGCCUGGUGC